AUGUUACAAGUGACCCACAAGACGUUGCUACUGCAUUUUCGAUUUCGUGUUGUUAUAGGAGAUAGUAAGAUAGAAAGUGAAAAGAACAUUUCGUUCAAUGUAGAAUCAGAAAAUCUCGUGGAAGACGUGAUCCUUCCUAGUUCAAAUAAGUCAAACGCCUAUGAAGUGAAUAAAUCAGAAGAGGACCUCACGUAUCCAGAAAAUUGUAACAAGACCGAUAACAACAUUAUUAGCACUGACCAAACCGAACUUGUGGAACAAGACAAAGACUACGAAAUUCAUCCUAGUACCAGUAGCUAUAAAGACAAACACUAUGAAAAUGCCGGUACCUAUCCAUCCGAAGAUGACGAUGAUUCUGUCCGUGAUCCAAAUUACGCGACCGAGAGCGAUUGUUCGGAAUCGGAUACAGCAAUGCACACAAAAGUAUCGCACGUUGUUGCUGAUGCUGAUGUUCAAGAAGGAAACCUAGAUAAGGAACGUAUAAGACCACGGAAAGGCAGAAAAAGAAAACAUGCAAAUGUUAGUAGAAGCGGAAACAAGGAAAAUCGAAACAGCAACCGGGAUUACUUUAACUAUAAAGGGAAGAAAAUUCAAGCAAAGACUUUUAUUGAUUUUGACUGUAAAUGCACAAUGAAAUGCCACGACAAUGUUUCCUUAGAAAUCCGAAAGAUAGAGUUUGAACGGUUUUGGUCUUUGAAGUCAUAUGAUAGCCAAGUCACUUUUAUUGCUGCUGGUGUACAACAGUUUCCUAAGAAGAGAUUGUAUGGAAGGGAUCCUGAUAAGCGACAAUUUUCUCGACGAUAUAAUAUACACGGCCAAAUUGUUUGUAAAAGCAUCUACCUCAAAACUCUGGGCAUAACAUCUUUCAGGGUGCACACAGCUCUUAAAAAAUUUAGGGGCGUUAUUCCUAUUACAGAUCAAAGGGGACAAAAACAAGGGGGCUAUAACAAAUUGGCGGACGAUAAAGUUCAAAAAGUAGUGGAUCAGAUUAAUCGUAUUCCAAAGUAUACUUCACACUAUCGUCGAGAAGCGACAACGGCGCAAUUCCUACCACCAGAUGUAACAAUACAAAAGAUGUUUGAGAUGUACCGUUUGGAAACGGAAAAUCCUGUGAGCUUUAGUUCCUACAAAAAAAUUUCGCUCCACGACAAUCCUCACGAUAACCCAGACCGCUCAUUACACGUAUAG